UUCCGCUUCCGAGUCAGCGGGGCCGGGCCAUGGGGCGGAGGAGGAAGACGCUGCACGACUACGCGGCCGAGUUCUCGGAGCUGUCGGUGCGGCGGGAGCCGGCGGGGCCGGGCCCGGCGGGCGCCGUGGAGACGCUGCUGUGCACGCCGUGCCAGCUGCCCCUGAGGGUGCGCCGCGACCGCAUCCUGGAGCACCUCAGCUCGGGCCGCCACUGCCGCAACCGCCGCCUGCUCCGGCAGCUCGGGCUGCGCGCCCCGGGGCUCCGCUCUGCAGGUCCCGACUCCAGCCUGAGCCUGAGCCUGCCCCUGCCACUCGACGUGCCCUCCCUGCUCUCCCAUCCCUCCUUCCUCAUCACCACUGGAUCCAGCACUGGCUACAGCAUGGUCCCCUCCCCGCCCUCCUGCCACAAGCUGCUGGUUCCCCACCACCCCAUCCCCACCACACACAAGGACGACCCAACACCCUCCACCUCUGCCAGCCACCCCUCAGCGCCGGCCACCUUCCACACCAGGAUUGCACCUCUUGGCCCAAGUGUGCCUGCACCUGAUGCCUCCAACAGCCCGACACCCCCCUCGUGUCGCGGUGGCAGCGGCGUCGGCCUCGUGCUCUUCGGCGCAGGGCUGGUGAGCGCAGCCUUGUUGCAAAGCCUGCUGGAGGAAGCGGGCUGCUGCCUGCUCUACGUGGUGGAGGAUCAGCUGGAGGAGGUGGAACGUGCCUUUGGUGCCCGGGUCCCGGCUGGCACCAGGGUGCUGCGGCAGCAGGAUGCCAUCGUCGCGCUCAGCGAUCCGCGAGUUUCUGGAGCCAUUAUUUGUUCCCCACCUGACAAAGCCCCUGAGAUGGUAAGAGAUGCCUUACGAGCAGGUAAAGGUGUGUUCUGUGAGGGGCUGCCCAGCUUGGACAGACAGACAGCAGAAGCCUGUUUUGAUGAGGCCGACAGGUGCGGGAGGCCACUCGUGUGUGGGUUCUACAAGCGCUUUGACCCAGCCCUGCAGUUCCUGUACAAGAAGGUGAGGGACAGCCGGGCUCUGGGCAGCAUCCACCGGAUCUUGACCAUCAGCAGCCUCUAUCCUGCAGCCUCUCUGAGCCUGCUGAAAGCCUCAGGUGGAAUUUUUUACAAUGCUGCCGUGCAUGACAUAGAUAUUGUCAGCUUGUUGUUGGGAGAGAGUGUGCCAGAUACAAUAUUUUCCCUGGGCCAUGCCUUCUGUGCAGACAUGGGCUGCCUGAGGGAUGUGGACACGGUCACCAUCAGCAUGAAGUUCCCCAGCGGAGCCAUUGUCACUCUGGACGUCAGCCAGCACUGCACCAGGAGCUGUGACCAGCGGCUGGAGGUUCACGGGUCUCAGGGGACCUUAAGGGUGGACAACCAGAACCCCCUGGGCAUCACAGAGCAUGGGACUUCUGUGUCCAUCUGUCCCCAAACCCAAGCUGAGCGUUAUAGGGAUGCAUACAGGGAGCUCUUCCGGCACUUCCUGAGAACCCUGAAAGGCCAGGAGCCCGCCGUGGUCACCAAGGAGCAGUUCCUCUGGACCAUCCAGGUGGCUGCAGCAGCCGAGCAGUCCUGGAGGAACGGGUCUGCCGUGGACUUGCACAGCGGUGCCACGGAUCCGGCUGGGGUCAAGGCUGAGCUCGUGUGACAGCCACUCCCACCCAGUGGCCUCAGCAGAAGCCUGGAUGGUGGUUUGGUGUUCCCACUGGGAAUGCCCAGCAGACAGAGGCACUUCUGAACCAGGGCAGGGCAGGGUUCCUGCCACGUCAGCCAGAGCCUGCAAGAAAUUCCGUGUGGUUUCAUCCAGGUGGCUUUUGCUCCUGGGGGUUGCUGCUGGCCACAGAGCUCUGUUUUCCUGGGAGAAAAGUGAUGCUCCUUGGGCCAGGCAGGCUGGUGCAGCACCACCAUUAGCUGGGAUGAGGGAGAAUCCUCCCCUUGGAGAGGGAGCAGCCACUGUUCUCUGCCUGGAGGAGAAGUCACAAGCAGGCGCCUUCCCAGCAGUGCCACAAGGGAGGUGAUGUAAUGCUCAAAAAACCACAGGAGCAUCUGUCUGUGAGUAUGUUUAGAGUGGAUAUAUGGAAGAAAUUCUUCCCUUUGAGGGUGGUGAGGGGCUGGAAUGGAUUUCCCAGAGAAGCUCUGGCUGCCCCAUCCCUGGAAGUGUCCAGGGCCGGGUUGGACAGGGCUUGGAGCAAGCUGGGCUAGUGGAAGGUGUCCCUGCCCAGGGCAGGGGGUGGGAUGGGAUGAGUUUUAAGGUUCCUUCCAAACAAACCACUGUGGGAUUCCAUGAUCCUGUUUGGGACACAGACCCCAGCAGAAGGCAGAGCCACAGGCCAGCCAGUGUUUCUGCCAGGAGCUUUGGACUUUGUCAUGUGUGGAGCUCUCUGCAGGUGUGUGGCUCUGACUGUCUCUGUCUGGCUGUCACAUGCCAGCUUUCAAGAUCUUUUGAAGCUUUUUUUUUUUCUAUUUUUAUUGAAUUACAACAACAUCCUUGACUUCUUCCAUUUCAAGGCAUUAGUUUAUAAACUUCGUGCAAGAACCUUUAGUUCAAUCAAUUUCCAAUUCCUACCUGUGGAAUAUAUACUCCUAAAGCUAGAAAUAAUGGUGACAUUUGUGUUCUUUUUGGGAAGUUGUUUUUAACAGUGUAAUUUUUCAAGCUCAGAAAAAUUGUGUCUUCAUGCUUGUUCUCCAUUCCAUUCACUAUUUUUAACUGUUUAUUGAGAAAAAAAGUUUUAUGUGUCCAGAAGCUGGUUUUUGCCUCUCUGUGCUUGCUGUAUCAGAUUAGUACACAAUGGUGGGUUUCUUUUUUGUUUCAGUAGCUUCAGGCCCUUUGAGGUCCUACGGUUGAAGGUUUACUCAGGGUUAAGAGGGCACUUUCUGUCCAAUUUUAAUUUCCAGAUGCAAGAAUUCCCACGUGUGCUUUUAUUGUGUUACAAAAAAAAAAAAAAAAAAAAAACCAAACAAAAACAACCAAAACAAAACAAUGGAAAAACAACCCAAAACAAAAGAGAAACCACAGCUAUAAAAAUAACACAUUUUCCAAAGAUAACAUUACAAAAAAUACAAUUCCUAUCACAGAGUGAUCCAUUAAUACUGCCGGGAAACCCCAGGAACGCUGGAAAUGUGAGUGGUUGUUGCAAAAGCUUUAAAGCAUUAAAGUGCUUUACUGAGCCGUUUCCUGGGGACACAGAUCACUGUCAGCCACACCAGGGGAGUUCCCAAUCUCAAAGAUUCCCAGUCCCUGUGGUGUGAGGGGUGGGAUGGCCUCAGGGAUGGUGUCUGCACCUGCAGCUCACCAGUCCCCGAGGGAGAGGAGGGACAAGAGGCAGCCUCUGUGUGCUGAAGGCUCAGAGCUGCUGUGGGACACCCAGACAGGGUGGAGGAGGGUCCCGGGGCUGUGGGUGCAGCACAUCCAGUGGUCACGCUCCUGUCCCCCUUGGAGAGGGAACAGCCACUGCCUGCCUGGAGGAGAAGUCGCAUCUCGGGUGAUCCCUGGUGGGAUUUCAGCACUUCUGCUCUUGCUUGGAGGGUCCAGGGAUUUGGGAAGGGUAUCCAGCCCCUUCCCCAGCCUGGGGGUGAUGGGAAGCAGGUGCAGGGCUGCCUUUGGAGGCCUCCAGAGGGAGAGUGCACCAGUGGGAAUGGGCUGGGCAGCAUCAUCUCUGUGCAGGUUCCCUCAGGCUGCCCAAAAUCUUGAGUGACCCAGGGCUGAGGGGGCAGAUGCAGCAGCUCCCUGCCCUCCCUCCCACAGCAACAGCUCCUGUGACUUCCAGUGCCUUUCCAAGACCUGUUGUGGGACACUGCCUUCCCAAAAGUGUAAGGAAUAGACAUUCAGGGAGGGAACACACCUAUUUGUGUCCUUGCUUUCUGUGAAGGCUUUUUCCCCUACCUAAAUCAACAGAGAAAUUGCAGCUGGGGAAAAUGAUGAGGAACAGAAGAGAAUUAGGCAGCCAGUCCAUGCUGUGCUCCAAAAAGAUGGAAUUUACACCAUGACAUUCCAGCUUGUCAGGUCUGACCAGUCACCAGAACUCCCCAAGGGAGCAGGGAAGGAUUAUCCAGACCUCUGACUUCCCAGGACAAUCUCUGGCUUUCCCCCUCCACAACUGCAUGCAAGAGAUUCGGAGGAGGGAAAAAACUGAGUUUGGAAUGGACAAGGCUGGAGCCAGGAUUGUCUGCAUGUUUACAUGCUACAACAUGGAAUUAAUUUACUUGACACUGUGGUGUCUCAGGAGUCAGUAUCAAUUUUUAUAGCUUACAUGAAAAUAGAUUUUUCUCUCUCCUUACAGCACAA